AUGAAAUGUGGUGAUAACGUCUUGUGCCAAAAAGUAACGCGCGAUAUUGUUUUGUAUUGGUCGACAAAACACGUAAGAAAAAAAUUUACCCAGAUGUACCUUCUAUAUACCGACUACCUCCAAUUAUACACAUCAAGAGACAGUGAUAACCCAAUGGAACAGUCUCCAAUUAACACCUUCCCACCAUCUUUGGGAACCCUCAAACAAAUACCCGCAUUAACAGCUGGUUUACCAAUAUUCACCUUCAUUCUAUGUUUUCUUAAAAACACAUUGGGAUUUAAAUUUUCAAGUUUAAUACUUUAUCCUACAUCACCAUUGGAGUUCAAUUUGAAUGCUUUGUCGCUAUAUUCAUUGAUUCAUGUUGGUUAUUUGCAUUGGUUACUAAACAUUUGUGCAAUUUUUACCCCGUUGGCCAUGUAUGAAAAACGUCAUGGUACUGUAUAUACUGGAAUCACAUUGAAUCUCCUUACCGUUAUUGCUGCAUUGCAGUAUUGUAUUGUUGGGUUAUUUUUUUACCCAGAAACUGGAGUGGUUGGACUAUCAGGAGUUGGAUUUUCAUUUAUCGCAUACAUGGCAUACAAGGAACACCAGUAUAAGCCAGUGUUGGAGACAUUCAAUAUUGGAUCCCGUGAAAUCAAAAUCUACACAUUGGCAGCACCCUUUAUAGCAGCAGUUGUUUGUUUGAUUGUUUUCCCAGCAAGUUCAUUACCUGGUCAUUUAGCUGGUAUUUCCACUGGAUUUCUUUUAGCUAAAGGUUACAUCAACAAAUUGUUUCCUCCAUCAAGCAUAAUUUUGAAAAUAGAGAAUUUUGUGGCUCCGGGUAUUGCAUUAAUAGAUCAGAUUGUUUCCUAUCAUAAAGAAGAAGAUGCUGUACAUGUUAGAAGUGUACAAUAUGCACCAAUAUUAGCCGAAGGAGAUGCAGAAGCCUCGUCUGCUACAACUUCAGUUGUUCAACCACAACCUACACGCAGCUCAUCAUAUAUAAGGGAGACACAUGUAUUGGGAGGAGCUUAA